AUGCCGGGAGGAUUUAAGUCGAAGUAUUCUGACACGAAUCUGUUUUUUGAUGGACGGAGGAAUCUGUACAAUGCAAGAGAUUACAUUGAUAUGAAAGUGAAGAAAGAUAAGAGCGCUGUUGAUGUGCUUAAGAAGCAGUUUCUUAGUAAAGAAGAUAAAAUGGUUGCGUUUCUGAUUGAAAAUAGGGAUCUGAAUAAUCCGGAGAUCAAGAAAGUAGAAACAAAUGAGUAUAGACUAGGUAGAUUUGUUAAUUGA